UGGUUUAUAAUAAUACUCAGAAAAAUAUUCUGUGACUAAAAAUGUAACCGAAUAUUUAAAUAAAAAACACAGUGCACGCGGUAUCAUAGAACGUUAAAGCGUUAGGAACGUUCGAAAGUGUGAAUCUAAUAUCUACUCCCAAUUAUGUGAAAAUACUUAUUAGUUGUGUCGUCUAAAUUCAGAAUUUACAAAAAUAAGAAAACACGUGGAAUUAAUUAUAUUUAAUAUAUUAUUACACUAAAAAUUGUCAAAUUGAAAUAUAGAACCUUAAAUGUGUUUUCGAUAUAGCUAUUGAAAUGGCCAAUAUAUGUAUAUAUGUUUGAUUCGCAUUUAAAGUAACAAAUUUAAAAUCAAAGAUACAAAAAAUCCAGACAUAAAAAAUACUUCAUCCAAUUUAUACUUGUGUUUGCAUUGUCAAAAUGGAAUGCUAAUUAUCUUUCAAGUUACUGCUUCGAUUUCUGGCGCAUCAAGAUGCCAUUUAGAUUGCAAGCAAAAAAUCAUUGACAGUUAUGUGUUUUGUGUGUUUUUGGUAUUAUAACUAACUUUGCAAAAUGAUUAAUAAAGAGUCCGGACUUAUUAUAGACAAAAUAUGUCGGUGUUGCAUGUGUGAAAAUGAAAACAUGCUCAAUAUGUUUGAGCAAAAAAGUGAAGAUGAAGCCGAAGACUCUACAACACUUCUAUCGGAUAUGCUGGUGGCUUGUGCUUCUAUUGAGGUUUCUUCUGGAGACGGUUUGCCAAAUAAAUUGUGUAAAGGAUGCGAAGAAAAGUUAAAAAGUGCCUAUGAAUUCAGGAAGUUAUGUCAAAAAUCUGACUCCACUUUAAAGGAUCUAACUCAGGAUACAAAAAAAGGGAUUCGACAAGAGGAAGAUAUAGUUGUUCAACCAGAUUUGCACGAUGACGUUUUUGUCGAAGAUGAAGAUAACGUUCCACUUUUAGAAAGAGGUGUAAAAAGAAAACGGGGUAGGCCUAGAAAGAAAGAUGUAGAAAAUUUGACAUGUCAGUUUUGUAAUAUAGUAUUGCAGACCAAGAAAGGAUUAAGGAUACAUCUUCGUUCGCACGCAGGCGAAAAGAUACAACAAUGUUUGUUUUGUGAUGCUAAAUACAGUAGAACUAAUCACUUGCUUAGGCAUAUUAAUACACAUAAUAAGCCUGGAUUGAUACAUUCUUGUGAAAGUUGUGAUAAAACUUUUGCCGAAGCAGCUGUGCUAUAUCAUCAUAGCAAAGAACACGAAGAAACAGAACACAGUUUAAGGGUAAAGGAAAUUAAAAUUGAAAAAGAUAUUAAAACUGAAGGACCAGAACUUUUUGAUAUCAAUAAGGAAGAUAAAAAAUAUGAAAAUGAAAUAGCGACUGAAAAAGACCAAGAAGUUACUCAAUACAGUGAUCAAGAUGAUAAUUGUUUCAAUGAAUUCGUACCAAGUGAUGGAGAUGAUAGUAAAGGUAGUGAUGAAGAUUUUACAAUAGCUCUUGAAGAGAAAAAGACCAAAGGAAGGAAGAAGAAAAAAGUGAAAACAGAAGAUACACAAGAUGAUAAAGACAAAGCUUUGUAUGAAUGUAAGGAAUGUUCUAAAGUAAUGACAACAUAUUUGGGACUCAAAAUUCACAUGAGGAAACAUACCGGAUCUGAUUUGUCCACGUGUAAUCUGUGCAACAAGUCAUUCACUAAACACAGUCAUCUUGUAAGGCAUUUACACACUCAUGGCAUAGUUGAUGAAGAGAAUAUGAAAACUCUCAAGAAAUAUACAGAUUCAAAAGGGAAAAAGAUCAUGGAAUGUGACUAUUGUGAUCGAAAAUUCAAAUACAAGAAGAGUUUCUUACACCACAUGCAUCAGGAACAUGGCAUGGAUGAUUUUGACAGCGAUUUUGAUAAAGUAGAUGGCGACAAAUUGAAAAAAAUAAAAUCCGAAUCGAAGGAUGGCCAAGAACACACCAACAUGGGAGUUGGUUUGUCUCAGGAUGAACUUCAAAUUAACAGCACAAAACAAGAAGAUGACGAUGGCGAUGUUGGUAUCCCUGAUGCCGAAAAUGUAUUUGUGAAAAAAGCAAGAAGUAAAAAUCAAGUUUGUCAUGUAUGUGGUGCAUCAUUUUCGAGAGCAAAUCAUCUUACAAGACACAUGACUUUGCAUCGAGCUGUUCUUAUUCAUCAGUGUGACAGAUGCGAAAAGGCAUUUGCUACAGAAGAACAUCUCAAAGUUCACGUUGAAGAGGAACAUAUCAACAAACCUUAUGUUUGUACAGUUUGUAACAAACCGUUCAGCAGGGGCGAGCAUUUAAUAAGACAUUUGAAAGUACAUCAAAAUUCUUCUGAUAAAGAUACUAAUUUGAAGUGCUCAAUAUGUGAAACUACAUUCACAAGAUCGGACCAUUUGGCAAGGCACACAAAGAUUCAUCUACUUCAAGAUAAACGUCACGUUUGCGGCGAAUGCGGCAAGGCUUUUAAUCGUUUGGACAAUCUAAAGACCCACCAAAGAAUCCAUACCGGCGAAAAGGAUACUUCCAAGUUGCAUUUGUGCAUCUAUUGUGGAAAGGAAUUCAAUAAUUCCAGUAACAUGAUUGUUCAUAUGCGGCGUCAUACAGGUGAGAGGCCAUACAAGUGCAGCGAAUGCGGUAAAGGUUUUCCGAGAUCGCACGAUUUAAAAUGCCACGAACGUACACAUUCUGGAGAAAAACCCUACCUGUGUACUUUAUGUGGUAAAUCAUUUAAUAAGAGUAAUAAAUUGUUGCGUCAUAGUAGAGUUCAUACAGGAGAACGUCCGUAUGUAUGUAAUAUUUGUAGUCGAGCAUUUACUCAAUCCAAUGAUUUAGCGUUACAUAUGCGCAGACACACCGGAGCCCGACCUUACGCUUGCGGUGUAUGUCCGGCACGAUUCAUUCAAUCGGGACAAUUAAAAACACACAGAAGAACCACCGGUCAUUGGAUGGACGUUCAGCCAGAUCUGAAAGGAGGACAUCGAGUCGAACCCGUUACUCCCGCUCAUGAACCGAUGCCUAUAAGAUUUAAAGUACAUAGGACUAUGAAGAAGGAACAAAAUAUUCUCGAACAAGCUGGCCUAAUGACAACUCAGGCAUCAACAUCAGACGGCGUAACAAUGAAUAAUCAAGUUCAAUCGAUACAAAGCGAACCGCAUAGAAUUGUAAUGGGUAUUAUGGGUAAUUUGAAAAUUCCCGGUCCAGAUGCCACCAUCCAACCUCUAUUAAUCGACGGCGCUAAGUUAGCAGAACUGCACAAUGCAGGCUUAGUAAACUUACCAUCUGUUAUCCAAACAACGAACGGUGAUGAAAUCAAAUUGAAAUCGGAAGUAGCAAAUUUUGGUAUGCCACAGGAAAUUGAAAAACGGGAAAGUAACACAAACAACUCGUAUCAGGACGAUGUAGUGAUAUAUUCGAGCGUUGGACAUACUUCGACUACUUACACAAGCAGUGAAAAUUUCAAUUUCCAAAACUUCCAUUAAGUUUUAUAUGGAGUGUGUUUUAUAUUUGCGUUUAGUACAAUUUUAGUUUUAUAGUGAUAGGAAUUGGUCUAUCGCCAUAUCAUUUCUUCAUGCAAGCAUAUUAGAAAAUUUAGGCAAAAAAGUCUGUAGUAGUAUGUUUACCACGUUUUUGUGUUGAAACAAAAACGGUUGAAAUCUUUUGAGGUGGUCAAUUCAGUCGGAAUAUAGCUUUUGAAUUCCUUUUCCCCUAACUUUUUUUUUUGUCAAAAACUAUCAAAUUAAAUAAAAUGUACAAUGUACUUAUUUUACUUGGGGAGUAAAAAUAGCAAAAUUGAGAAUCAGAAAAAAUAUUUUGAAAUGGUCAUAUUUUACUCAACAAGAUAAUAUUAAUCUACUAAUAGAAUCAAUGCUAUUUCUUAUCCAUGACAUAUAAAUAAUUGUACAAUAAUAUUUUUAUGUUUCUCAUGUAUAUACUUGGUAGAAUGAUUGUUAUUAUCUUCAAAGUAAGUGAUACAACAAAAUUUCAUGUACUCUCUAGAAACAAAUCAAGUUUUCUAAAAGUUAAAUGAUAAAAUAUACAAUUUGUUUAGAGAAGAUAAUAUCAAUAUAAAAAAUGAAAAAAAAAAACAGGUCAAAAUGCUUGAAAGCUGUUAUUUAUAAAACAAAAUAUGUUUGGUGAAAAUUAAAAAAAUGUCAAGUGUAGUAGACAAUUAUAUCUAGUUGGUUUUUUUGGAACCGUUGAUAAUAUUCAUACUGAACAUACUAUUUUUUCUACCACAAGUUAUCGUCUUCAGAGACUCAGUUUAUCUUCGGUCUCUGAAAACGAUAACUUGGUUAUCGAAACGCGUGUCUAACAGUGUAAUCGUAAGUGUUGGAGCAGUGGUAAUAAAAACAGUGUGUUCGGCAGAUACAAUUAUACCAAGAUAAUGGAAAUUCAUCUAACUUACGAAAAGUUUUGAAUGGAGUGUAAAGCACCAAUACUCAAUAUUCCCCAGAGAAUUGAAACUUCAUAUUCUAUUUUCGUAUUUUACCAAUACGAACGUUUUUAAAUUAUCAUCUAAUAAUAUUUGGAGAUAAUUAGUUGUAUUAACGUUAAUAUUUUCUGUAUUUGAUAAUUUUACGCCAUGAAAUUAUUAACGGUAAUAAAAGUAUUAGGCAGAUCUAGGUGAAGAACAAAAGAAAAAGAUCUCAGGGGCAAAGGAAUGUAAAGACGUUAAACAAAUCAGAAGCAACGUGGACAUUCAUUUCCACAUAAUUUAAAACGUAAAAUGGAAAAAUUAUUAGAUUUCAGUUUUUAUAUUUUCUAUUUCUAUAUAUAUAUAUAAAAGAGAAACUUUUAACCUAACAAAUGUAAUUUUUUUUCUUUUUGUGAAUUUGUUUUAUUACCCGAUCUUCUAGUUUUAAAAUGUAUUUACUAAAGGACAAGUUGUACCAAACUCACAUUUAUAAUAAAAAUAUUGAAAAGCAUGUUAAAAUUUAAGCAGAAGUAUUUACAUUAUUUCAUGCUGCCAUCAAAGUGAAAAGAGACCUAUUUAAUUCGACGUUUUCUGUAAAUAUAUAGGGGUUUGUAGACUCUUGUAAGUCACUACUAUGGGGUGUUUCUAAAUUCUUUUUGUAUUAACUUGAUAGAAAAAAAAGUGCUCGUAAGAUCAUACAAAUUUGCGCCCUUCGAAAUUAGUUACUAGUUGGUUAGUAUUUCUAGUUAUACAUAGAAUUUCUACGGUUCUUAUAAUUGUUUUUUAACCAACCUUUGAGACUGUUUUUGAUUUUAUAUUUUGCUCUAUUGUAUCACGUAGAAUCAAUAAUUUUUAGUGGAGCUUCAAGUUUAUGUAUUAUCAACACAAUUUAUACUCUUAAUUCUGUUACCAAGUGUCGAGAACAGCUCGACAUAUUUCUAACAGUUUAAUUCCAUACAACUAUCCUCAGUUAUUGUAGCUACUUCCAUUUUUAGUGUAUAAAUUGAAAAUUGGUAUUUUCAAGUACAAAUACUAGUGUCAUAUUUGGUACACCCCGUGAGUGUUUACAACUAUUGUUUUUUUUUUUUAAUUUAAUUUAUUAUAUUUAAAAAAAAUAUUAAAGUCGAAUCGGUAAAAUAAGUUAGAUGUAAAAAAUUGUGCAUAUUGCACUAAAUAAUUAGUUUGCAUAAACUAUGGAAUACUUUCUAUACUUAUAAAAAAAAUAAUAGUAUCUGUAAGUUGAGAGGAAAACGAUUUACUUAAUUGUAGGCUUUAGGUGAAAUAUUUCGAAAUAUAUUUAGCGAUUGCAUAUGUAUAUAGUUGUUUUUUUUUCUUUUCUAUGUAUAAAAGACUUUGAAAUAAUAAUAAUAAACAUUUCAUUGUGUACAUUAUAUUUUUAAUAAAAUUUGUUUCACUAAA